UGGAGUACCUGGGGGCUCUGUCACCCCCGGCAGGGCAUGGAGUACCUGGGGGCUCUGUCACCCCCGGCAGGGCAUGGAGUACCUGGGGGCUCGGCGCUGCGUUCACCGGGACCUGGCCAGCAGGAACAUCCUGGUGGAGAGCGACAGCCACGUGAAGAUCGGAGAUUUCGGGCUGGCCAAGCUGCUCCCGCAGGACAAGGAUUAUUACGUGGUGCAGGAACCCGGCCAGAGCCCCGUGUUCUGGUACGCGCCGGAAUCCCUGGCUGACAACGUCUUCUCCUGCGCGUCGGACGCCUGGAGCUUCGGGGUGCUCCUGUACGAGCUCUUCACCUACAGCUCCAAGAGCAGGAGCCCCUCGGAGGAAUUCCUGCGCAUGCUGGGCUCGGGCCGGCCCGCACAGAUCGUUUGUCACCUGCUGGAGCUCCUCAAGGACAACCGGCGGCUCCCGGCGCCCUCCGGCUGUCCCUCGGAGGUGACACCUGUCCCCCGAUGUCUCCUGAUGUCUCAAUGUCCCGAUGUCCCCAAUGUCCCCUAA